AUGGAUUUUGGAAGAAGAAGAACUCAAAAGUACACUUUUAAGAAUCCAAAUUUGGAAUGCUUAAGAGAGCUAGAAUCUUUGGUGGUUAAUCCUGAAGACUUCAAAGGCAGAUAUGGGAGACUUCUACCUCUUUUAAAGACCAACAUGAUGGAGGGGAUUCUUGCUACAUUGGUUCAAUUUUAUGAUCCAUUGUACCGAUGCUUUACCUUUCCAGAUUAUCAGCUUGUGCCUACUUUGGAGGAGUUUUCUCACUUGAUUGGCCUACCCAUCCAUGAUCAAGUUCCCUUUUCCGAUUUAGAAGAAAUUCCAAAGCAUCAAGACAUUGCAGAAGCUACUCAUUUAAAGAUGUCUGAGAUCAAAGAUAAUCUAACUACGAAAGGAGGAAUUCUUGGCUUGCCUGCUAAGUUCUUGAUAGAGGAAGCUCGUUAUUUUGCUAGUAUGAAUAGUAUGGAUGCUUUUGAGGCUAUUCUUGCCUUGCUUGUCUAUGGAUUAUUCCUCUUCCCUAAUGUUGACGACUUUGUUGACAUUAAUGCUAUCAAAAUAUUCUUAAUUGGAAAUCCAGUUCCUACCUUGCUUGCAGAUGUUUACCAUUCAGUCCAUCUCAGGAAUUUUCAUAAGGGGGGAAUGAUCAUAUGUUGUGCAACUCUACUCUACAAGUGGUUUAUUUUGCACUUGCCUCAAUCUACUGCCUUUUAG